AUGGAGAAGGAAACUAAUGUCAACCAAUUUACAAUAUUCCUCAGCUUAUUUCUUGGAAUUAUCUUCAACACCGUCGCUUUGCAGCUCGAAGACGAGGUCCCCGACUUCCCCAGAGGGGGAGGAAGUUCUUUGAAUCGACAAGAGCAGGAUGAAAUUCGGGCUGAAGUUGAUGCAGAAUUCAAGGCAGGGGAGCGAGAGCUGAAGAAGAGGAAGAAGAAAUGGAUGCAGAAGAAAAGCGUCGUGACGGAGGACGAUUUGGGGUCGCUUUUCGGUGAUGGCAUCUUUGGAAAGCUACCUAAAUGUGCAAACAUGAUCACUACGAAGGUAUCCAGAUGAAAACAUAAAGUACUGUAAUUUUUGGAAGAACGAAGGAUCUACCUUAAUUUUUCAUUAAAUUUUCGUAUCAUCAAAU